AUCUCCAGGCCGCCGUGGAGGAGGUGCUGCCGGCCCUUCAGCGUGACGGCGUCCGUGUCUUCUACUUGAGCGCCACGUCGCCCACGCCGGGCGUCGAGGCCCUGCUGCCCGCCAUCGAGGCGGCCUCCGAUGAGCCCCUUCCCGCCCACCACCGCGCCGGCGUCACCGCCGACUCCAAGGCCAUGUACAUCUACACCUCCGGCACCACCGGGCUGCCCAAGGCAGCGCUGCGGCCCGACGACGUCAUCUACACAACGCUGCCGCUCUACCACUCGGCCGGGCUGCUCAUCGGGCUGGGAGGGUGCCUCGAGGUUGGAGCCACCUGCGUCCUACGGGCCAAGUUCUCCGCCUCCCAGUUCUGGGACGACUGCCGCCGCUACAAUGUCUCCGUCAUCCAGUACGUGGGCGAGCUGAUGCGCUACCUCUGCAACACGCCCAAGCGCGCCAACGACCGGGAACACGGGGUGCGCUUGGCCAUAGGCAACGGCCUGCGGGCGGAGGUGUGGAAGGAGUUUCUCCAGCGCUUCGGCCCCAUCACCAUCCGGGAGUUCUACGGGGCCACCGAGGGCAACGCCGGCUUCAUCAACUACACCGGCAAGAUCGGGGCCGUGGGCAGAGCCAACGUGUUCCUCAAGAUUUUCGCUCCUUUUGAGUUGAUCAAGUACAACGUGGAGGAGGACGAACCCGUACGGGACAAGCGAGGUCUCUGCAUCCCAGUCUGCCCCGGUGAGACAGGGCUGCUGGUCAUCAAAAUCACCAAGAACACCCCUUUCCACGGCUACGCGGGCGAUUCCCAGAAGACAGAGAAGAAGGUCUUGAGGGACGUCUUGGUCAAAGGCGAUACCUUCUUCAACAGCGGUGACCUCCUCAUGAUUGACCGUGAAAGAUUCAUCUACUUCCAGGAUCGAGUAGGAGACACGUUUCGUUGGAAAGGUGAGAAUGUGGCCACGACAGAGGUGGAGGCCACUCUCGCCAUGGUGAACUUCAUCGAGGAGGUCAAUGUCUAUGGAGUGUCUGUGCCGGGUUGCGAGGGGCGAUGUGGCAUGGCCGCCAUCCGCCUGAAGGCCGAGGCCACCUUCGACGGCGAUGCCCUCUACGCCUUCGCCAGGGAGACGCUGCCCAGCUACGCUGCCCCCGGCUUCGUGCGCAUCCAGGACACCCUGGAGAUCACCGGCACCUUCAAGCG